AUGCUAGCUGACAUAAUACCGACUAUUGCAGAGUGGAUUCCGUUGAAAAACAAAUUAUUGUCAACGGAUAACAAUACAACAACAGCCGCCCUGUAUAAAAGAGCAUCGCCGGGUGAAUAUGGCUCAUUCGAGAAAGAUGCUCCGCUGAGGAAGAUCCAGCUCGAUACGCGACGAAGACGCCACCUCGAGAACACAAACAGCUGUGAACCGUUAACUCGAAUCAUCGGCCCUUAUGAAGACGGUAUCGUCGAAACGUUAGCCGAAUAA